UGCCGCUUUACCACUCCUCUUCUUCCACCUCCUGACUCCUCUGCCUCUGCUCGCUCCUCUCCGAUCCGUCGAUAAAAUUGCGCCAUUGGAUCGGAGGGAGGUAGAACCCGCGCUCAGCCCCUUUCCCAGCCGCCCUCGGCGCCGGGCACGCUCCGCCUUCCUGACUCAGGCAUUCUUCCACUCAACCACAGCUCUGCUUCUCUUCCACUUCCCUCCGUCGCCCCCCUGGCGGGCUCGGGUUGACUUCUUCCUUCGCUGCGUUGCUGGUUUGGAAAAAUAAGAAGACUGCUGCCAGCCGGGAAGCGGAGAAAACUCACGGUUCAUAUCUACUUUGAGGGAGCCCAGUGGGAAAAAAGGGACCGGACAGAUCGUGCUGCAGGUCCAGACCACAAGCAUGGACAAAACUGCUAGUGUUGUAUUGGAUAUUGAGGGCCUGCCUCAACCACCUGAUAAAUGCUGCUCUGGAAGUCCAAAAAUGACUAGAGCCCUGUCACGUAAGGGUUCAACUCGCAUGGAGAGGAGAGGUGCUGACGAGCAGGAGCAAGAGGAUUUGGCAAAAAAGCUUAUCAUCAAAGUUGUGCCAUCUCAACUGGAGCAGCCCCUGGUUCAACAGAACAAGGCUCUGGUUGCUCCACACUGUACUCCCUGCACACCUGUUCUUAUCGAUUCUGGGGAAGGAAGGAUCAAAAGAUUUAACCGGUUCACAGCUAUCAACCCUCGGAAAAUUCUUCUCUUCUUUGCAACGCUGUCGAGCGUGGGGACGACGAUACUGAUAUACUUCACGCUGGGGAUCAACAGCAAAGCGGAGGCGUAGUCGUUAGCGGACACCGUUUACUUUGGCAGCAGCAGUACAUUCCAAGCUUUGAGUUUGCUUAUGUUUUGUUUGGGGAGGACCACAUGUUGACAGCAGCAACGAGAUGCAGAUGCAACCAGCCGUUUUUGCUCCAGCCCCUUGCCUCCCAAAUUUGCUUCUUCUUCAUCUGUAUGUAUAGAGAUUGGUUUGUUGUGACCUGUGAGUCUAUGGAGAUAGAGGAGCCAUUGGUGUUUGGUGAUGACUGA